AUGGAAACACGGAUCGUCAAGGUCAAGAGCAAAGAGCUCGGCCACUUCGAACAAGGCGGCGAGAGGCUCGGCCGAUGGCAGGUGGCCUCCGACCCCGUGGCCACGGCCGAACUGCGUGAAGCCGCCGCCUACCUGCGCACCAACGACACCCCCGUCGCCUUCCCCACGGAGACCGUCUACGGCCUCGGCGCCGACGCCACCCGCUCCGCCGCCGUCAAGGGCAUCUACGCCGCCAAGGGCCGGCCCUCCGACAACCCCCUCAUCAUCCACGUCAGCGACCUCACCAUGCUGCGCCGCUUCCUGGCCCCGCCGCCGCCGUCCGACACACCAGAUGCCGUCGACACCGCUGCUGCCGCCGCCGACCCCAUCCCGGCCAUCUACAAGCCCCUCCUCGAGCGCUUCUGGCCGGGGCCCCUGACCAUCCUCCUGCCCCUGCCCUCGCCCUCGCCGCUGGCCCCCGAGGUGACGGCCGGCCCGCCGACCUUCGCCGUCCGCAUGCCCGCCUCGCCCCUGGCCCUCUCCCUCAUCGCCCUCGCCGACACGCCCCUCGCCGGCCCGUCCGCCAACGCCUCGACCAAGCCCUCGCCGACCGCCGCGCGCCACGUCCUCGACGACCUCGCCGGCCGCAUCGAGCUCAUCCUCGACGCCGGCCCCUGCGACGUCGGCGUCGAGAGCACCGUCGUCGACGGCCUCUGCGACCCCCCCGUCGUCCUGCGCCCCGGCGGCAUCGCCCUCGACCGCCUCCCCGCCUGUCCCGGCUGGGCCCGCGCCGUCAAGGGCUACCGCGACGCCAGCGAGGAGGGCGCCGCCGCCCCGCGCGCCCCCGGCAUGAAGUACAAGCACUACAGCCCCAGCGCGACCGUCGUGCUGUACGAGGCCGCCGGCGCGAGCGGCGCCGACGGCAUCGCCGCCGAGGAUCUGCGGCGGGCGCUCGACCUGCCUGUUACCGGUGGACCGGACGGGCUUGCCGCCGGCGUCAGGAAAAUGGGCGUCAUCCGCACGCGGCGGUGGAAGAGCGUCGGCGCCGUGGGGAGCCGGUACCGCGGCGUGCCCGUCGUGGCGGCCGAGGCCGUCAAGGCGGAGGCGAGCGACGAGACGGUGUUCGAGAUUGUCGAGGGCGAGCUGCUGGGCGACGAUGGCGAGGCGCUGGCGACCAUCCUCGACAUCGACCUCGGCGAGACCAUUCCGGGCAUCGCCAAGGGCCUGUUCUCUGCGCUCCGGGCGCUGGACAGGAGGGGCGUCGCCAUGAUUUUUGUGGACGGCGUCGAUGAUGGGGACGAUAUUGCGGCUGCCGUCAUGAACAGGCUGCGCAAAGCAGCGUCGGAGACGAGAGUCUGA